AUGGAACGUCAGACACCAGCAGAAAGGGCCGCGCUUCUUGUUAAUGCUCUUGAGCAGCACGGGCAGGGCGAUUACAUUGGGGAAUCAAUCAAUCAGCUUGAACACUCUUUGCAGGCAGCAGAUCAGGCACGCAAAUCGGGGGCUAGAGAUGAACUCGUAAUCGCAGCGCUGUUCCAUGAUAUUGGCCAAAUCAUCCCCUUGGACUCGACGAAGGAGGUUCGUAUGAACCUUCGCGGGAGCACCGAGAAUGUCGGUCGCGUGGGUCAUGAAGCUAUCGGUGCCGCGUAUCUCCGAUCCUUAGGAUUCAGUGAGACAGUUUGUCGGUUGGUGAACAGCCAUGUUGCAGCGAAAAGAUAUCUGACCGCAAUGAAUCGUGCUUACUACGACUCGUUGUCUUCUGCGUCACAAAAAUCGCUCGCUUUCCAGGGCGGUCCAUUUCAGGGAGAUGAACUCGAAAAGUUUGAUCAGGAUCCCCUUCGGGAUGAGAUGGUUUCUCUGCGAUUGUGGGACGAUGCAGCUAAAUUGGAAGGGGUGGAGUCAAUCACUCCCCGUGCUAGAGACUAUCUGGAUAUCAUCACUGCGCAUCUUCAUCAAACAGAUCUAUCAACAUGA